AUGUCGUUUUUACGACGUAGAAAGCCAACUUUAACCCCUUCAUCUCCUAAUUCAGACCACAACAAUGAUGAUAGCGACGUUGACAAUGAUAAAGAGAGAAAAACAAUAAGAGAAGAGAAAAGGAAGAAUACGAACACCCGAUGGUCAUGUUUGGAUAAUUGUUGGUGGUUUGUAGGUGGUGUAUGCACAGUAUGGUGGUUCCUUCUUUUCCUCUACAAUGCCAUGCCAAGAUCGAUACCACAAUAUGUAACGGAGGUUAUCGCCGGACCGAUGCCAGACCCUCCGGGCAUCAAACUUGCGAAGGAAGGACUCAAGGCUAACCAUCCAGUGGUCUUUGUUCCAGGCAUUGUCACCUGUGGCCUCGAGCUUUGGGAAGGUGAAUCAUGCGCUGAUGGCUUAUUUAGGAAGAGGUUAUGGGGUGGAACCUUUGGAGAAUUGUAUAAAAGACCACUAUGCUGGGUGAAGCACAUGUCACUAGACAAUGAGACAGGACUAGAUCCUCCUGGAAUGAGAAUAAGGCCUGUAUCUGGCUUAGUGGCAGCUGAUUAUUUUGCACCUGGAUUCUUUGUUUGGGCGGUUCUAAUUGCUAAUUUAGCACGUAUUGGGUAUGAGGAGAAAAACAUGUAUAUGGCUUCUUAUGAUUGGAGACUCUCAUUUCAGAAUACAGAGGUUAGAGAUCAAACCCUAAGUAGGAUGAAAAGCAAUAUAGAACUCAUGGUGGCUACAAAUGGAGGUAAAAAGGUGGUUGUAAUUCCACAUUCAAUGGGUACAUUGUACUUUUUACAUUUUAUGAAAUGGGUUGAAGCACCAGCACCAAUGGGAGGAGGGGGUGGUUCUGAUUGGUGUGCCAAACAUAUUAAAGCAGUAAUGAACAUUGGAGGACCCUUUCUUGGUGUUCCAAAAACACUUGCUGGACUUUUCUCUAUGGAAGCCAAGGAUAUCGCUAUUGUCAAGGCUUUUGCACCACAUGUUUUAGAAAGUGAUGUCUUUCAUUUUCAAACAUUGCAACAUUUAAUGCGAAUGACUCGAACGUGGGAUUCAACAAUGUCAAUGAUACCAAAAGGUGGAGAAACAAUAUGGGGUGGCCUUGAUUGGUCCCCUGAAGGGCAUUAUGAAUGCAAUACAAAGCAACAUAAAGACAAUCAUAAGCCAUCAGUGAAGAAUAUGAAUUAUGGGAGACUCAUUUCGUUUGGAAAGGAAGUAGCUACAUUACAUUCAUCCAAACUUGAGAGGUUGGAUUUUAAGGGUGCUCUUAAAGAUAAGAAGCAUGUAAACGUAUCUAUUUGUGAUGUAUGGACUGAGUAUCAUGAAAUGGGUAUUGAGAAUGUCGAAGCUAUUGCAAAAUACAAAGCAUAUACAGCUGAUUCAAUUUUGGAUUUGCUUUAUUUUGUUGCUCCAAAGAUGAUGAAGCGUGGAGAUGCUCAUUUUUCACAUGGUAUUGCUGAUGAUUUAGAUGAUCCAAAAUACAAUCAUUAUAAAUAUUGGUCAAAUCCUUUAACAACAACAUUACCAAAUGCCACAGAUAUGGAAAUCUACUCAAUGUAUGGUGUUGGAAUCCCUACUGAAAGAGCCUAUGUCUACAAAGUAAAUUCAGAUUCUGAAUGCAACAUUCCAUUUAAAAUUGAUACAUCAGCUGACGGUGGAAAAGAGGAUUCUUGUUUACAAGGUGGGGUUUACUCUGCUGACGGUGAUGAAACUGUUCCUGUUUUGAGCUCUGGCUUCAUGUUUGCUAAGGGGUGGAGGGGAAAAACCCGUUUUAACCCUUCCGGGAUUCGUACAUAUAUAAGAGAGUAUGAUCACUCUCCUCCAGCAAAUCUUCUAGAAGGUCGUGGUACUCAAAGUGGUGCCCAUGUUGAUAUAUUAGGCAACUUUGCGUUGAUCGAAGAUAUUAUAAGAGUAGCUGCUGGAGCCACUUGUGAGGAUUUAGGGGGAGAAAGAGUUUACUCUGAUAUUUUUAAGUGGUCUGAAAAGAUUAAUUUAAAACUUUAA